UUACAACAAAUUGCAAAAUGGCGUCGCCCAGCACAUCGUGUUGCUAUUUGGCUUUGGAAUAGUGUAAGGUUAAUUUUGUGCGAGUAUUUAAUGACAGUACGUCACUGUUUAUGCAUCUACUAAACCAGACGGUGGUGACAGACCAGAUCUACUGUUCAAGUCUCACAGACAGUUCACCAGUUAAUAAGAGCUAAACAAAAUGGCAGGUAUUCAUUUGAGAUUGCCGAGUUUGUCUCUGAGAUUGUACACUUUGCUGAGGCAGACUGAAGGGUUGUCGAACAAACUUGGUGUUGGUCAGAAUUUGUUGUGCAGAAGGCUGCAUGACAGCAGUGAGGAGUUUGGUCCAGAAGGAGAUGCCCCAAGGAGUGGAAACUUUGAGCAGUCAUUCAAGUCGAGACGAAGAAGACCAGAUAAGGUUUCAAAACUUCAUAAUAGAGUAUUCACAAACGAAGACAGAGAAAAUGACAGGAAAUAUUUGGAGCUAGAAGUAAGGUCAGAUGACUCUGAUAUGUUUGGUCAGUUAGGAAACACAAGGAGCUUUGUAAGGUCAAGGAGGCCUGUUCAUGACACAGAGCAGGAUGUGGGGGCUCGGAUGAAGGAACCAACAAACUUUCAGCCUCCAGAAAUAAAGACAGUCCAGAAGACUUGGAAUUCUAAAGAAAGUGACACAUUUGGUACUCUGGCAGAUGAAGAGAGAAGCUUAUGGAAAGAGUCCCUCAUGUCUGAGGUUGGAUCACAUAAUGAACGUUUUCAAGAUGAUCAGGAUGAGGAAGGGAGGAGCCACAUCCGCUUAUCUGCUGGCAACAGACUCCACAGCCAGGAGUGGUACGGCAGGAAGAUUGAGAAGUUUGGCAAGGCAGGACAGAUUAAAGAGGCUGUGGCUGUCCUUGAAGAAUGGAUGCUGAAGAAUGACCGAGUAAUGCCUACAGCAUAUACAUUCACAGUUCUCAUUGGCUUGCUUGGGAGGGUAGGAUAUACCAAGAAGGCGUUCCAGCUCUUCAACAAGAUGAAAAAAAUGGGCCUACAGCCUGUAGAUCUAACAUACACAUCACUUUUCAAUGCUUGCGCCAACUCCCCGUGGUCUGAAGAUGGUUUGUCAAGGGCAGACAACUUGAGGCAGCUCAUGCUCACCAAGGAUUAUGAACCCAACCAGAUCACAUACCAAGCCAUGAUCAAGUGUUACGCCCUGCAUGGAGACAUCCAGACAGCCUUUAGUCUGAUGGAUGAACUGACCACUAAGAUCCGACCCACUGCCGAAACUUUCAGCUUCCUGUUGAUGGCUUGUAUCUCAGACAGGAAGGCGGGAUUUAAGUAUACCCUGAAGGUGUGGCGCUUUGAUGAAGCAGUUCAAAGUGAGCCCUGACCUGCCUCUCUACAACCUGCUGCUGAGAAGCGUCGCGAGACUGUGGUGCAGGAGACAAUGACUUCUCUGAUCUGCUUCUCCUGGUCACCAGGAAGUUGACACGCAUAGCCAAACUCACCCUAAGAUGUUGAGGCAGAACAAUACGAGGUUUCGUAAAUCUGGUGAACAUGAAGUUCUUGGUCAGAUCAGUGAUGGGGCCAGCAAAUCAGGUCAAGGACCUUAGAGGGAAAUCGAGAAUGUUUCUAACCUGAAACAAAACACCCAAGACUCUGAAGAUUGUGACCCUAAAAUCCAACUAUUUGAGAGAGAUUCUCUUGUUCCAGCUAAUCGACAGUGGUGGGAGUGUAUGGAGCAGAUUAUUCCAGUACUGCCAACUUGGCCGAGGUACCAAAUCUGUUAAGAACUGACUGUAAACUGGACAAUGUAAUCUCUAUUAAACAGUUAAAGUAUCCAGAUGAGAGAUUGGCUGUGAUUGGUGGAAUGCAUGGCAUCCUGGAUGCCAUGGCAACGAUGGUGUCCAACCAGAUGUUCGGCCAUUCAGCCAGCUGAUAGAAGUGGCCCCUCCCACAGCCUUGGCAGAGAUGGCGCUUCUGCACGCAUGGAAGACCUUGGUGUGAAGCCAGACAUCGCCAUGGUACAACUCACUCAUCCAUGAAGAGGUGUUUCAGGAGAGCAGAAGCCAGGAGCGUUCUAGAACUGAUGAGGGCGUCUGGACUCCAGCCCGACAUGAUGACGUUUGGAACUCUGGCCAUGACAUGCCGCCUCCAGAGAGAUGGCAUACAGUUCCUCAAAGACAUGGAGCAUUAUGGUAUGGCACCAAACAUUGAGGUUUUGGGGACACUGGCAUAUGCGAGUAAUCUGGACUUUGGUUACAAGUCUGUCAUCUUGAGAGAAGUCGAGAAGUAUGACCUCAGUCCUAACGACAAGUUUCUGGAGGUUGUGGAACGUAGUAUUGCGGAGGCCAAACGAAGAACAGUCCAAGUGGAGAAGGGCCUUGCCACAGAUAACUUCCUUACCUCACAGUACUUCCAGAAAACAUUUAUGAAGUUCCUGGACUACUAUGAAACAUGGUUGAAGAAGACGAAACCAAAGCAAGAGCCACACCCAUGGAGUGAUUUCAGGAAAACAGUUGAUAAAAGUGAUGUGACUGAAGCUACGAACUGAUCUGUGUUCAUGAUGAUAAAUACUUGAAGACAGCUGCUGUGCAAUAACCAGUUAGUUUUCAUAUGAACACUGAGUAUGUGUUAUGUCUGCAUGUAUAGUUGUCACAACAAUGUAAUAGAAAAG